AUGAAAAACCGGGAAAAGUAUGAGGCUGAAGGUGGACUAACCAAUAAGAAGAGAUGUAAAAGUGGUGAGUUUAAAGACGUUGACGAAUGUGUUUUAACGUGGUUGAAACAGUGUCGAGAUAAGAACAUCCCUGUAUCAGGACCGAUUUUGCAAGAGAAGGCCAUUCAAUAUGCAGAGAGCUUAGGAAAGAAAGACUUCUGCGCCAGCAACGGAUGGUUGCACAACUUCAAAAAAAGAAACGAAAUUAUUUUCAGAAAGGUUUGUGGAGAAAGUGCUUCUGUGAACUCCAAUGUGUGUGACGAAUGGAAAACAGAACUAAAAAAACUGACUGAGUCAUAUUUGCCAGAAAACAUUUACAAUGCCGACGAAACUGGCUUUUUUUUUAAGUGUCUGACAGACAGAACCCUGUCUUUUAAAGGUGAUUCAUGUAGUGGUGGGAAAAUGAGCAAAGUUAGAAUAACUGUGUUGCUUUGUGCUAACUCCGACGGAACAGACAAACUCAAGCCCCUUGUCAUAGGAAAGGCAAAAAAUCCACGCUGUUUUAAGAAUGUGAAAAGUUUGCCGACAGAGUAUGAAGCAAAUAAUAAAGCUUGGAUGGUUUCUGGGUUUUUCAGUUCUUGGCUGAAAAAUAUCGAUAAGGCCAUGAAGAAGAAGAAUAGAAAAAUACUUCUCUUUAUUGACAACUGCUCAGCACACAAGGACAUACCUCCUCUGAAGAACGUCAAAGUACAAUUCCUACCACCAAACACAACCUCCAAGCUACAACCACUUGAUCAAGGGAUCAUUAAAAACUUUAAAGUGAACUACAGAAGAGAGGUUGUCAAACGAUUUUUGAGGGAUAUGGACAACGAGUCAAUGACGCAGAUUAAUCUACUCGAUGCACUAUGGAUGGUGUCAAAAGCCUGGAACUGUGUGACUUCGGUGACAAUCAAAAACUGCUUUAAUGCAUGUGGUUUUGAGGUACCCCAACACACCACGGGAAAUGAACUGGAUGAAGUACAGGAUGAACCUUCUAUCGCGGACAUAAAUGAGACACCGGCUGAAUGGACUGUAGCAGCACAGGCUCUGAAUGUUGAAGAGUUGGCGUUCGUGGACUUCGUAGACUUUGACGACGACGUUGCUGUAUGCGGGGAGCUGACUGACGCAGACAUCAUUACAUCGGUUGCUUGA